AAGUGAUGAUAUUCAAAUCGUUUUUAAAAAGUGCCUUUUAUUAUUACAUUUUGUUGUUUUGUCAGGACUCCUAAUGAUUUAGGCUUCAAUCGGCCUUUGGUUGAUUAGUCACCACUGGUAGACCUGUGGCCUGAAACAGGAGUGUUGCAAGUGGACGAUUCGUUUGAAGGGGGAAACAAACCAAACAUUUUGGGGAACCGUCCGUUGCAAUAAUAUAUGAUAUAGUAAGAUGAUUAUUUGACAGCAUAUCAGAGGUGUGAGUGGUAUUUUCAUUUUAAGAUUUCGCAGCAACAUCUCUGUAUAUGAAAACCCGCCUCCUCGUUUCCUCCCGAUUUAACCUCGAACGAUUCAAUCAGGGAAACAAAAGCCUUUGUCCUGCUCGUUCCGAGUGGAAAACGUUAGGUGGCAGCAGUGCGCACUCGUUUCUCGCUCUCGGUGAGCUGAGCCCCUGAAAGCCCACGGGUGAAAUGUGAUGCUUUGCGCCUCUAAACCAUUCGCGUCCCUCCACGACCGCGUCACCAGCGUCCGCGCGCCGCCACGAGAGCGCGCGCUCCGGCUCCGACCCUCCACAUUAAAACGCUCGCUGCGCCCUCGAGCGUCGUGACGGCGGUUCAUCGAGACCGCGGUGCUUUUAUUUUUCAGCAGGAUCUCUGCUCUGUUCGUUUGCCCUUUCCCCUGACUCCGGCGAACUUGACGCAGCUGACGGCGUUUAUCUCCGCGACAGGGAGCCUGCGAGCCGCAACUCUCCGAGAUUGACACAGAAUGGAGAGAAGCUGACGCACCGUUAUUUACCGGACCGUUAACUUUCCUCCCCAAGCCUUUCCUCAUGCCAUCGCAGACUACGUGUUGCGUUAGAGCAGGAAAGAAUAUCUGAAAGAAACAUUUGCAGCUCUUAGUCCACUGAAGAACAAAUUCCUCCACAUAUUUUUUCCCCCCUUUCUCCUUUUUUUGGACACUUUAACCGCGUUUUUACGCAUGAUGCGCAAAGGGAUGGCUCCUCUUCGGAGACAAAAAACGGGACUACAAAAUGUUUUUUAUGUCUGCCUCUUCAUUUCAGCUGCCCAUUCUUACAAUAUAGACUUAGAACAUCCUCUGGUGUUCCGCGGACCCAAUUCUAGUUUUUUUGGCUACUCUGUGCUGGAGCAUUAUCAUGACAACACACGCUGGGUAAUAGUAGGAGCUCCGAGGGCAAACUCUACCUACAGUAGCUCUGUGCACUCUCCUGGAGCCGUGUACAAGUGUCGAGUUCACAGCAACCCGGAGCGCCGCUGCACAGAGAUGGACCUGGGCAGAGGAAACAAGCCGAGAGAGUCGUGUGGGAAGACGUGCAAGGGAGACAGGGAUGAUGAGUGGAUGGGAGUCAGCCUGGCCCGUCAGGACAGUGCCAACGGCAGGAUACUGGCUUGCGCCCACCGCUGGAAAAACGUCUACUACGACACAGAGCAUAUCCUUCCACACGGAUACUGCUCCGUUAUUCCACCAACUCUACAGGGCAAGACGAAACCCCUCAUCCCUUGUUAUGAAGACUAUAAGCAGAAGUAUGGGGAAGAGCACGGCUCGUGCCAAGCCGGGAUAGCGGGAGUUUUCACUGAGGAGCUGGUGGUAAUGGGGGCACCAGGGUCAUACUACUGGACCGGGACGAUCAAGGUGUACAACCUGACCUCGGACUCUUUCUACAGCCCGAACAAAGAAGACGUCGACUCGCACAGAUACAGCUACCUUGGCUAUGCUGUGACUGCGGGACACUUCUCCUCUCCUAAUGUAAUCGACAUAGCUGCAGGGGCGCCUCAGCACAGCGGCAGCGGAAAAGUUUACAUUUUCAAAAUCGAUGGUGUGUCUUUGGUGAAGAGUUUUCAAGCCUCAGGGAAAAUGAUGGGCUCUUACUUUGGCUCCUCAUUGUGUGCAGUUGAUCUGAACCAGGACGGCCUGUCGGACCUGCUGGUGGGGGCACCCAUGCACAGCCAGCUCCGGGACGAGGGCCAGGUGUCUGUGUACCUCAGCAAGGGCAAUGGGGUGAUGGAGGAGGCCGGCGUUUUGACUGGUGACAAUGCUUUCAAUGCACACUUUGGAGAAUGCAUUGCUGCAAUUGGAGACAUAGAUGACGAUGGUUAUCAAGAUGUAGCCAUCGGAGCCCCUAAGGAGGAUGACUAUGGAGGAGCUGUUUAUAUCUACCAUGGGGAUGCCACAGGAAUCAUCAGCAAAUACUCCAUGAAACUGUCUGGGCGCAGUGUAAACCCUGGUCUGCAGAUGUUUGGCCAGUCGAUCUCCGGCAACGUGGACAUGGAUGGCAAUGGUUACACAGAUGUCACUAUUGGAGCUUUCAUGGCAGACAGCGUGGUGCUGCUGAGGACCCGGCCUGUCAUUACGGUGGAUGUCUCCAUCUUCCUCCCUGUCUCCAUCAACAUCUCUGUGCCACUGUGCCACGAGGGCAACCAGAACCUGAACUGCUUCAACGCCACGGUGUGCAUGCGCUUCCGGGGAAGACAGCUGCCCGGACAGAUAGAGUUGCUGUACAACUUGACAGCCGACGUGGACAAGCGACAGAAGAGCCAGCCUGCGAGGGUUUACUUCAUUCACAGCGGAUCUCAGAUCAGCCAGAUGAGCCAGCAGCUCAGCCUGGACAUCAACAGGGAGCAGUGCCAGCGCUACACCGCCUACGUGAAGAAAGACGUGAAGGACGUGUUCACAGCCAUCACGUUCGAGGUGGCGUACAGCCUGGGGAAGCAUGUGCUGACCGGACACCAGGAGCAAGACCUGCCCGCGCUCACUCCAGUGCUGCGAUGGAGGAAAGGAAACAAGAUCGCAGCGAGGAAUGAGACUUGGUUUGAGAAGAACUGCCUGUCAGACGACUGCGCUGCAGACCUGAGGCUCCACGGGAAGCUGUUGCUCUCUGGGUUGCACAGCAAGCCCCAUUUGGCCCUCGGAGGAGUGAGGAACGUCUCUCUGAACUUGACCAUCUCAAAUGCCGGAGACGACGCAUACGACACCAACAUCUACUUCAACUUCUCCAGAGAGGUUUUCUACAUCAACUUUUGGCAGAAGGAAGAGAAGGGUAUUUCCUGUGAACUUGUUGAUUUGGACUUCCUCAAAUGCAGCGUGGGAUUUCCCUUCAUGAGAGCACAGACCAAGUAUCAUUUUGCAGUGAUUUUUGACACAAGUAAGCUCUCUGGGGAGAAUGACACACUGCAGUUCUUAGUCCAAGCAAAAAGUGCCAAUCCUGAGCACAAACUCUCCGACAACAGUUUGGAUCUGUCCAUCCCCCUGGUUCAUGAGACCGACACAACUAUUACUGGCGUGGUGACACCAAGCUCCUUCGUGUACGGGAACUCCAUCGACGCCUCGCGCUUCGUCCAGCUGGAGGACAUGGAGUGCAACUUUCAGCCUCUUAAUCUCACUUUCCAGGCCAUAAACAAGGGGCCCAGCAGGCUGCCUGGCUCCACUGUGGACAUCAGGAUACCCAACCGGCUGGCUGGCAGCGGAGCUGACAUGUUCCACAUCAUUGAAACACAGGUGGCCGACGGUCGAGGAAACUGCACCCCUCACAGGAACCCAACGCCCUGCACCAUCCCCCAGGACCGAGAGAGCAUCUUCCACUCCAUAUUUGCCUUCUUCACCAAAUCAGGACGCAAAGUCUUGGACUGUGACCGGCCUGGAAGAGCGUGUAUGACAAUCUCCUGCAGCCUGGGUCCACAGUUAAAAGAAGAAGCUUUGAGCAUUGAUGUAAAACUGCUGCUGAACACUGAAAUUCUUAAGAGGGAUAGUUCCUCCGUGAUCCAGUUUGUGACGAGGGGCAGUGUGCAAGUGAACGACAGGACAGUGGAGGUGCCAAAAGGCCUGCCAGAGGACAUUUCUCUGGUGUUCGAGGCGCUGCACAGUCAGGAGCCAAGGGGUUACGUCGUUGGCUGGAUCAUUGCCAUCAGUCUGCUGGUGGGAAUCCUCAUCUUUUUGCUGUUAGCUGUGCUACUAUGGAAGAUGGGUUUCUUCCGUCGACGGUACAGAGAGAUCAUCGAGGCUGAGAAGAACAGGAAGGACAGUGAUGAAAGCUGGGACUGGAUGGAAAAGAAUCACUGAGCCUUGCAGUGGGGGGUCCCACGGGAGCCGAUGCGAUUAGGGAUUGGGUCGGGAAGGAUCCAAUAGCAUGGGGUCUCGCAGCCCAGCCGCCCCAGUGGCACCAGGCCCCUUCAGUCUUCCAUAUGUGGAAGAGAAGAAUAUUCUCCAUAUUUUCUGGAGACUUGAUCAUUUUUUUUGUGGGUGGGGGUCCAGGGAACAGGCUUCUGAGGUGACAGUGUGGCUUACCAGAGGACACUUGCUGUAGAAUUCAGCUAAUCUCUAAGGAGGUGACUCCCCGCCAGCGGAGCGUGGCUGUUGACGGAGACCCGCAACCGCGUGGAGACGUGGCGACGGCGUGAAUACUGGUGCACAACAAAACCCUCAGGGCUGUGUUAUAUAGCAAAUUUAUUUUUAUACAUACACUUUAAGCCAUAUUGUAUGAAACUGGGCUUUGAGGAGAGCUGGGGUGAUGAAGGCCAUUAUAAACAUACUUGCAGUAUGUUUUCCUAAAAGCACUGAUGUUUGAUAAGAAUGAAUGCCUUGGCUCCUUAGCUUUAGUUUUUCAUGCCAAAGAUAUGUCCUGUAUAGUUUAUGAUUGGAGUGAAAGAUUGUAUCUUUUCUGUUUCCGGCUUAUGGAUAUCUCUUUUACGCAUCUGACUGCUCCUGCCUCCCGCAGACAAUCAGCCCGAGCUAAUGUCUUACACCCACACACUCAACGAUUGACGCUGUGUCCUGACGUCCUCCGCCAGUGAUUUCAGACUUGCCUCAUGAGUACGAAGGCCCAGAAGAAGCGCCCUCUGAGGUCAUCGGGACCUCGUUCAGGAUGCGGUCAUCAACAGUGCUCUGUUGUUAUUGAGUUCUAUGUUAACGCUUUAUUUCCCACAUUAUUCACGCCUGAAAUGCAGAAGAGGUUGUAAAUUAAACCGGAAAAAGACGCCAUUCACACUUCAAGCUUCACGACUCUCCAUAAGCAUUCCAUUUGUUCUGGUCGUGCUUUUAAACCAAGUUGUCUGUAGGCGUUGAAGUGGAUGUGACCUACGUGAUUUUGACUGAUUUACAUUUUUAACCCCCUUACACUCGGCGUUGCUUUGAAUUGAAAAAUGCUUUGAGAGUGUUGAAGUGGAGUAGAGCAAAUCAUCUGAAGCUGCUUUUACGAAGAACUGUUGCCUCAAAAGUUUCCAUGUUCAAAUGAAGGUAUCUUAGUUGAUCCUGUAGGAAAUGAGUCACUACAUCUCAAGACAGAAGACCUGAUCGUGGUUUAUUCAAAAAAAACAAAAAACUUUCCAGACUUCACCUGACUGUUUAAUAUUACUAUUAUAUUAUUAGGCCUUGGGUUUUUAACGUGAAACAUGAGCUACAUUGCUCUCCACGGCCCGAUGAAAGUCUGUGAUGGGAGUCCACCUACAGUCAUUUACAGGGGCCCGUGGCAUGAGUAAUGCCCUAAAAAUAGGUGGGAAUGUGCUGCACUCAAUCACUACGCAUAAACGAGCUCUUUGGGGCUCUUGGGAAAAAGCCCAUUUUAAGUCAACAUGGAGGAAUGUCAGCGCCCUGAAAAUCUGCCCACCACUUAAGUCCACGGCUCAUCCGUGUUCAAAUUUUCUAUGAUUCUUAAAGGCUGGGCUGGAAUGUGGAAAAAAACAUUUGCAGAACACAGUGAAUUAAAAAAAAAUUGUAUUAAAUGUCCAGAAUAUUAGAAUAAGAAUAUUAACUACACCCUGACCCUAAAUUGUAAAGAAUUUAUCAAUGACCAUCAGGUGUAAAUUUAAGGUAUUAAAAUAGAUAUCAGUAAGUUAAGAUGAAACAGUCUCAUUUCGCAUUUGUGUAAUUGUGCAGUAGACCUGAGUCAGAUUGAAAUGUGCAAUGCCAAAAAAACUAAAACUAUAUUUUAAGACUUUAGUGCUAAGUCACUUUAUGGCUCACUAUGAUUGCUUUGCUCGAUGUUGUGUUUGUAUGAAACUUUCACUGAUCCAGUACACUUUAUUUCACCAUUUAAUUCCACUGGCAUGAUGGCAUAUACUGUACACACUCACGUCUUCCCUCUGCGUCUGUCAAACCGAUGCGACACCCGUGUGCAGAGAAACCGACACUUGACAUUUUGUUUUGGUAAAUUUGAACUGUGAUGGUUUUAUUUUGUUUGUUAUGUUUGUUUGUUCCCACCGUUAUUUGGGGUUUCGUUCCGAGUAUACUACUGUCACUGAUUAUCAUUUCCAUUAUAGUGUGCUGUAUGUUUUUAAAGUCAUGUUUGAGCUGCAUAUUUAUCUGUUGAUAAAUUUUCAGAGUGAAA